AUGAACGGGAACGACGCGAUAGCCUUUUGUGAGGCGCUCCUCCACGACAGUGGGGACGACGCAGAAUCCGGCGAAGCGUCUUUUCGUGAUCGCAUUCAUAGUGCCGCCACAACCAUUUCGGGACCUCCCGCAGCGCCAGGCGUUGUGGCGGCAAUCGUCGCAGACCUCGACGCUCUUCGUGAGAGGGCGCAUGCGGAAAUGCAAGAGGCUGUACGCGCUGGGAAGAAUGACCCGCAUAACUGGAGAAGGUUCUAUACGGACGCCAGCCUGUUGAGAGUGUUCGCGUUGUUGAAAGUCGAGGAAGAUGUGGCGGGAAAUGUCGCGCUCGAGAAUAUCGCUGUUUUGGAUCACGCGCUCGUCGUCGCCGGCGCCGCUGGGAACGGGAGAUACGAGCUCAUAACCGACACCAUUGCAACCCUGCAACGUAAAUGCAGACCGCCAUCACCGCCUACAGCCGCUACCGAUGACAGUCCGCGUGCCAAUGAGAUACUCAUAAGCGACGUCGCGCUGUCCUCGAGCACGCGUACCGUGCCCAUCAUAGAUCCCCCACCUUCACUCGGGCGAUUCGCGCGCGAGCAUGUCUACUCUCCGUUUGUUCUGCGUGGGUACGCACGAGACUGGCCAGCACUGUCGGAGCACCCGUGGGCGAGCACUUCAUAUCUUCGUUCCGUUGCUGGCCGCGGGCGCGUAGUACCCGUCGAGAUUGGACACGACUACCGUGCCGACGAAUGGACACAAGCAAUGAUGCCCUGGGACGACUUCCUCAAACGCAUGAAGAGCGGGGAAGCGCUCUACCUCGCGCAACAUGAUCUCUUCUUCCAGUUCCCCGCCUUACAACAAGAUAUCAUUGUUCCGGACUACGUUUACGGCGCACCAGCACCUCCACGCGACUUUCCCGCCUACACCCCUCCCGCGAACGCCGAGCAACUCGUCACAAACGCCUGGUUCGGGCCCGGAGGCACCGUGUCUCCCGCACACACGGUACGUCUUCAUCUACUGUCCCUCAGUCCCUACUCUCCCCUCUUUGGGAGAGUUCGCGGCGUUCUCGAGACUCGAUGUGUAGGAGAAGAAGCUGAUCCGUUGCCGCAGGAUCCGUUCUUCAACUUCUUUGCUUCCCUUUCUAAGUCCGAGCCGUCCAUCUUCGUACUGACGCUGAUCCUUGCCCUCUCUCCAGUGCAGGCUGUUGGACGUAAGACCGUGUGGCUAGCACCACCGACUGCGACGCCGUUCAUGUACGCCUACCCCCCUCCGUCGGCCUCCUCUGAAGACGCCGACGCUUCGCGAAACCCGGCAGCAAACACAGUGGCCCCUUCCAUGAGCAACACAACACGGGUGGAUGUUUUUGCCGAUGCCCGCGGAGACGAGGAGGAAGGAGAAUUCCCGGACUUCUGGAAGCAUGCCGUGCCACUCGCAAUGCACGUUACCUUGGGACCAGGCGACGCGCUGUCGCUCCCACCGGGAUGGUGGCAUGCCACACGCAGCGAGGAAACAAGCUUCAGCGUGUCAAUGUGGUAUUGA